AUGACUCUCCUCCAGUUCCUGCGACAGGCGCGCCAGCUGCACCGCCAGUUCCUCUCGGGUGCUUUAUCCGAAUCUCCAAUCUACGUGAUCGGCAAUCCUUCAGCUGACCUCGACUCUAUUGUUUCGGCGAUCAUUUAUUCCUUCUGCGCGAACAACCGCCUCCCACUCAAAGCCCCACGACCUCAUAUUCCCCUGCUCAAUCUUCCCAACGUGCUUGCAGGCCCGGAGUUAUAUCGGCUACGACCAGAGUUUGCAACUGCAUUAUGGCUAUCGACCAAUUUUCCCGCAUUGAGAGCCGAGGAGCAAUUUGAGAACGCCCAAGGCUCGGCGGGAAAUCUCCUCGGCUUGCAUCUCGUGACAGUUGCAGAUUUUGCGCAAAACCUGCAAGAGCAAAAUAUCUUCAAACAGCUCCUUGCUGAAGCGACUCUCGUCGAUUGGAAUGCCUUUCCAAUUCCUUCCGACACAGACAAGGGAUCUGGCUCACUACCUGGUUUGCCAGGUGUCACCUUCCGAGCCGUGGGAUGCAUCGACCACCACGUCGAUGAAAAAUUCAUGCCAAGUACCGAAUCACUACCAGAGAACCAGCCGCUAAUCAUUCAACCCGGUCCCGGUUCCUGCGCAUCCCUUAUCACGAGGGAACUUCAGAACCGGACGCUGAUGGGCGACGGGCAAGCAAUCUCAGCAGAGAUGGUGCAAGUAGCGAAACUCGCUCUUUCGGCGGUAUUGAUCGAUACAUCAAAUCUCACUGCCGAGGGCAAGGUCACUGAUGUGGACCGCGAGGCUGUCAAGACCCUGCAAUCUCAGAUCGGAGGACAAUUGGAGGCAGCAAAGGUUCCACAAGACAACUGGAAUCUGCAGGCUUUCUACGAGGGUGUUCUUAAUGCUAAGCAGAAUAGUCUCGAUCUCUUGAAUUUGGAUGAAGUCCUCGAUCGGGAUUAUAAGGACUGGACUGAGACUUCCCAGUCUUCUGGGAAAACUGUUAAGAUGGGAUUUUGUUCUUCUGUUAAGCCUAUCCGAUGGGUUGUGCAGAAGGCGGGUACACCAGAGAAAUUCCUGGAUGCUGUACGCUCGUUUGCGGCUACAGCGGAGAAGGAGCUAGAUAUUGUUGUUGUUAUGACGGCCUUUACGGCAGCUGAUGGCUCGUUCUGUCGUGAGCUGUUUGUCUGCGUGGUUCGUGAAAAUGAGUCUGCCCUUGAGGGUGUCAAGGCUUUUGUUGAACAGACCACUUCCCGACUCGAGCUUGUCGAGUGGUCUCCGUUGGACGGCGAGAAUAUCUCCGAGCUAGGAGAUGUGUGUUCUGCUCUGAAUGGGUCAGAUACACCCUUUUGGAGAAGGUUAUGGAUCCAGAAGAAUGCUGCUGGGAGUAGAAAGCAGGUUGCGCCGUUGCUUAGGACGGCAGUAUCUAAAUUGUAA